CUCUUCCGCCUCUAUUUCUGCUGCCUUCCCACGCCAACCUCCCAUAAACCCUCUAACCUCUUCUUUUUCUCUCCCUCUCACAAUACUUUCUCGUCCCUUUUCCCUCCAUUUUCUCUCUGUUUUCUCUCCCACAUUAUUGGACUCAGAUCUCUUCUACAUAUCACCAUUUCACCACACAAUGCGGGGCUUCACUAUCUUUCAACGAGUCUCUAAAUCUUUCCAUGAAUCCUCCUCCCUCUCCAAGCUUCUUGUGCUCUUCACCGUAAGUGGCGGGACAGGGGCCCUUGUGGCAUAUGCAGAGGCAAAUCGAAGCAAUGGCGCAUACAUUGGUUCAUCAGAAACAGUUCCGGAAAAGAAAAAGGUGGUGGUGCUGGGAACCGGCUGGGCAGGCACGAGUUUCCUUAGGAACCUUGACAACCCUAGAUACGAGGUUCUGGUGGUCUCGCCUCGCAACUAUUUUGCUUUCACUCCUCUGUUGCCCAGCGUCACUAGCGGUACUAUCGAAGCGCGCAGCAUUGUCGAACCUAUUCGCAAUAUUUUUAGGAAGAAAAAAAUGAACAUUGAAUAUGGCGAAGCCGAGUGUAUGAAGAUUGAUGCAGAAAACAGGAAAAUUUACUGCCGCUCCAAUAUAAACAACAAUUUGAACGGGAAAGAAGAAUUUGUCGUGGACUAUGAUUACCUAAUCAUAGCCGUGGGAGCUAACGUCAACACAUUUAACACUCCAGGGGUUGAGGAGCAUUGCCAUUUCUUAAAGGAAGUAGAAGAUGCCCAGAAGAUUAGAAGAACAGUUAUUGAUUGCUUUGAGAGAGCAAGUUUGCCAAAUGUAAGUGAUGAAGAGAAGAAGAGGAUUCUUCAUUUUGCAAUAGUUGGAGGUGGCCCAACCGGGGUGGAGUUCGCAGCCUCCCUUCAUGACUUUGUCAAUGAGGAUUUGGUCAAGUUAUAUCCUGGGAUAAAAGAUUUAGUUAAGAUCACGCUUCUGGAGGCUGGCGAUCAUAUUCUGAGCAUGUUUGACAAGAGAAUCACUGCAUUUGCUGAAGACAAGUUCAAGAGAGAUGGCAUUGAUGUGAAAACAGGAUCCAUGGUUGUGAAGGUGUCGGAAAAGGAAAUUUCUACCAAGGAACUGAAAAAUGGAGGAGGGAUUACUACAAUUCCAUAUGGAAUGGCUGUGUGGUCAACUGGUGUGGGCACUCGUCCAUUUAUCAAAGAUUUCAUGAAGCAAAUUAACCAGGCUAGCAGGCGUGCCCUGGCUACCGAUGAAUGGUUGAGAGUUGAAGGGUGUGACAAUGUUUAUGCUCUUGGUGAUUGUGCUACCAUAAACCAGCGAAAAGUCAUGGAGGAUAUUGCCGCGAUUUUUAAGAAGGCAGAUAAAGAUAACUCAGGAACGCUUACAGUGAAAGAAUUUCAAGAGGUGAUUGACGAUAUCUGUGAAAGGUAUCCUCAGGUGGAAUUAUAUCUGAAGAGCAAGCAGAUGCGCAGCAUUGUUGAUCUGUUGAAGGAAGCUAAGGGAGAUGUUAAAAAAGAAUCAACUGAACUGAACAUCGAAGACUUCAAAGCAGCAUUGUCCAAAGUGGAUUCUCAGAUGAAAUUUCUUCCGGCUACAGCACAGGUUGCGUCUCAGCAGGGCGCAUACCUAGCCAAGUGUUUUGACCGCAUGGAGGAGUGCGAAAAGAAUCCGGAGGGUCCUUUAAGGUUCAGGGGAGAAGGUCGCCACCGCUUCAAACCCUUUAGGUACAAGCAUUUUGGACAAUUUGCUCCACUGGGAGGAGAGCAGACAGCAGCACAGCUUCCUGGGGAUUGGGUAUCAAUUGGCCACAGUUCGCAAUGGUUAUGGUAUUCUGUCUAUGCGAGCAAGCAAGUGAGCUGGCGUACAAGGGCCUUAGUGGUGUCAGACUGGGCAAGACGCUUUGUCUACGGUAGGGACUCGAGUCGCAUCUGAGGGAGCUUUGCAUUGCUAACAUUGCAGAGCUGAGCCUUAUCUUGAAUUUUGAAACAAGAAAUUUCUAGUUCGAAUAAACAACGCAAAUCAGACUCUUUCUGACGGCUGAGUCUUCAGCAGCCACUGCCAAUUUUGAGUCCCCUACUGGUUCUUUGGUUCUUUUUCUGAUUAAAUUGCAUUUUGGAGAUGAUACUUAGGCAGAGUUCGAUCUUACAUUAAAUUGCAUUUUGGAGAUGACACUUAGGUAGAGUUCGAUCAUACACCGUGUCAUUGAAUUCUUUCAUGGCCCCAUUUUUCCGAAUUCUUCUCGGGGUAAUCAUUGAAUUUGAGGAUCAAUCCUCUGUUUUUAUUUUUCAAAAGCAAGUUUAUUUUGUUGGAAUGGUCAUACUAGGCUUUAGUGUGUCUUGUGAUAAGCAGGACAUGGGCCAACGAAGUUUAUUGGCGAAGAAUAAAUUCAAACAAAAGUUUGUUUGGGCACCCCAAAUAGCAUUAGCUCCUUUUCGUCUGGAAGAUACAAGUAUGACGGAUUGCGUACGGGGAUACCUUCUUUUCAAAUCUAGCCUGUCUGAGAGGAAUCAAGGUGGAAAAGGGGAAAUAGUAUGUUAAUAGCCCAACCUCAAAAGAAAAAGCGUCAUGAAUGAUGACAGAAAUUCUAUUGUAGGCGCUUGUAUUCAGCAAGGCCGGAAUAUGGUUUGUACUUCACCUAUGUAGGCUUUCAGUCAAAGCUCAGCAUUUUCUUUUUUCUUU